UAUAAAAUUACAAAACUACUUGGCGGAGAGGUGAAUUGGCAGAGGAACAUUCCGUUCCCUUCCCGUCUGAAACAAUGGAGGCGCGUCAUGCAUCUCUCGGUCGACGAACGCUAGAGGAAAUUCGCCAAAAGAGGGCCGCGGAGAGGUUGAGCAAAACUUCUUCGGGACCAGAUCUCACCAAGGUUCCCAGCACCUCCGAGAUUGCGGCGAUGAACAAGUCCGAGAUCGGAAAUAGAUUCACUGAGACAGAUGUUAGUGCUCUAUUGUCUCAACUGAAAGCUCUACAGAAGAAGAACACGGAGUUGGAGGAAGAAAACAUGAAAAUAACUUUAAAGCUUCAAACGAUGGAAAUUGAUAAUAAUGCAAUGCACAAGCAGUUGAAUGAUCUGGAGCAACAUACAGUGCCAUCUCUAAGGAAAGCUCUGAAGGAUGUCGCAAUGGAGAAAGAUGCUGCAGUUGUUGCACGUGAGGAUCUUUCAGCACAGCUUCGUACCUUGAAGAAACGUCUUAAGGAAGCAGAAGAUGAGCAAUAUCGUGCUGAGGAAGAUGCAGCAGCGUUGAGAGCGGAAUUGAACUCAAUUCAGCAACAAGCAAUGACUAAUACAGUUAGCACAAUUUCAUCAUUUGGUAACCCACCAGAUCAUUUUCAAAUUCAAAGAUUACAAAAGGAGCUAGAUGAGUUAAAACUUCAAAUGCAGCGAGAAUCACUAUUGAGGCACCAGGAGCAGGAACAAUUAGCAAAGGAGCAAGCUCACAUUGCCUCACUGAUGUCUGAAAAGCAGGAGUUGGAAGAGAAACUAAAGUCCAUCUCUAGAGAGUCUUCAGAAGUCUCAGAUAAAGCUGCUACCAAAGCAUUUUCUUUGUCCCAGGAAGACAAACAGAAACUUGAUAGGCAGUUGCAUGAUAUGGCUUUAGUUGUUGAGAGGUUGGAAAGCAGUAGGCAGAAGCUUCUAAUGGAGAUUGACUCACAGUCUACAGAAAUAGAGAGGCUUUUUGAGGAAAACUCUAAUCUCUCAAAUUCAUACCAAGAGGCAAUUGCAGCAGCAGUGAGAUGGGAAAACCAGGUGAUGGAGUGUCUUAAGCAAAAUGAAGAGCUUCGUGGGAUUCUAGAUAAAUUGAGAAUGGAACAGGCUAGGGCCUUGCCUGACUCUUCUAAAAAUGGGGCACAUGAGAUUGCUUCGCUGGCAUCAACAGAAGAAAUGACAUCUAUGAAGGGCCAACUUGUGAAACAACAAAGCAGAGCGGAGACACUAUCAGCAGAAGUCUUGCAGCUUUCUGCUCAACUUGAACAACUCAAACAAGCAUAUGAUGGUCUUGCACGCUUCUAUAGGCCAGUGCUGCGUAACAUUGAAAGCAAUCUCUUAAAGAUGAAGCAAGACAACUCCUUCGCUGUACGAUGAUGGCAAUGAGCGGUUUCAUGUCGAUAUUCCUGUUGUGAUUGUGAAUCCCUUGUUUGAAGACGUGAAUUUACAAUGCCCACAGAUUUUUUUAACCAUUUUAUAUUAUUAGUUUAGUAAAAGUAAAGCGUGAUGGUUCGCUAACUGUUUUGUGCAAAUACUUGGCAUAAGAAGCCCGUGUUAUACACAAACGUGAAUUUGUAAAACUUCUUAUUCUUUAUACCAAUAUUUAUUUUUAAAAGUCU